AUUUUCAAAAGUAAAAUUUUUAAAAACCUUUCAUUCUAUUGUAUUUUCACUGCGUCAUUGGACUUCAUAUCGACAAAAAUAAUGAUCGAUAAAGGUUAAGACCGCCUGCAAUACACAUACAGAAAGGCCAGGUACAUGUAUGUGUUGCUAAGAUGAAGAAACAGACAUGAAGGAUUUAUUUAGAUUAUUUGUUUUGAAGUUAUUUAUCAUAUAUUGUUAUGCAAUUUGUGAGUAUCCUGAUUGGAUACAGAAUAAAGUUUGGAAUGAUCGGACAAAACGUCAGCUAACCUUCAGCGUCACUACCAUGACGGGGUGGACCUAUCGUUUAUAUUCAGACACGAUUACAGAAUGGGAAUGUGACUUAAAGUUCAAAAACGACGAAACUUUUGUGGCUUCUAGAUCAAAAGAUACCUAUACGAUUUUUGGAGCACAUUACAGGGCAUAUCUUUGUCACAAAUUUGAGAAGAUAGAGGAAAAUGUCACAUACUACAAUCUGAUGGCUGAUAUAUCAGAGAGCGGAAAAAUAGUCCAUAUUACAAAUGAAGUUCCAGUUGAUAUAUGUGACGUCUGUUCAGGCCCAGGUAACGAAGGGUCUUAUAUCAUAUCAGUCGACAGUAAUUCUAACAAUGAGACUGAACCCCCUGCUGGGUGCAAUCCAUGUUUGUACCACUGUGAUAAGUCAGGAACGCCAAUAAUUACAACUACUUCCAACCCAGAUGACAGUGAAACACCAUUGACUGAAAGAGCCCCGACUCGCUUUGACAAUAAAGCUGCUACUUCUGAACAAUCAUCUAAUGCCAAGCUUAUAGGUGGGAUUGUAGGCGCUGUGUCAUUUAUAUUACUGGUAACAGUCUUAAUGGUAUGGCUGACAAGACGUGGCUUCUGUGUUACUAACGUACUGGAGACUUUCUAUGAAGAAAAACACUUUCACACGACAUGAAUCAUUACCGCAUUUGACAUUAUUUUAAAAUGUGACUUUUAUCGUUUGAAUCGAGACACAUACAUACAUAAGUGGAUUCAUUUGAAGAGUGGUGCCUAUUUGAAACUAAAGGGAACAAAACACUUGAAACAAAUAAGUGAACAUAUACAAUCACACAAAAUUAAGGAUUAACCAAAACAAGAAUGGAGAAUAAUAAAUUAAUCAAAAAGCGGAGAGAAUAAGACGAAACCAGUAUGACUACAAAAAUCGUACGAUGCCCGGCAGCGAAAUACUCAUUGAUUGAGAUGCACAUUAAAUAAUGUCAAAUCCAUGCAUUUGUGUUUACCAAAGAGCUAACGUUUUUUAAUAUGCAAAUGUUUUGUAUAUCUAGAUUAUUUCCCUCUUCGUUUGUUAUUUGUUUUAGGCUUUUACUUUAUUUGCUUGACAAUAUUUCAUCUACAUUUGAAGUCUUCUAUUCAUCAUUUAUCAAAAAAUUGUAUUGUAUGCAUGACUGAAACUUGAUUUGCUAGAAUUUUGUAUUUUACCAUUUUGAAAGUACUUGUGUAAGAGAAGUAUUAUAAUAAUUGAGUAUGGAAUGACGAUGAGGAGUGAAGGUCGUUAAAAUCUGGUUGGUGUAAGAGGGGUUUCCGUUUGAGUACGAUGGAUGUUCAGGCUUCCUAUGGAAUACUUAGGUCGACAUAAUGGCUAAGCUAUAUAUAUAUAUCUGGGUACGACAUUUUGGAUUAUUUCUAAACAAAAUUAAUAUUAUAGUCUUGUGACUGAAAAGAAUUGUCUUUGCCUUAAUUUUCUUGUCAAUGAAAUGCCUUGAGUAUCACUCAGGUGUCUUGGAAUAGACUCUACACAUAAUUCCUUCACUUUUAACGUCCUUAUUCAUACACAUGAAACUGAUAGCGUACAUUAUUGAAUAAAUGAAUCAUCAAACUUUU